AUAAUUUUGAGGAUACGUUUGCAAGAAGCCUCUGCGGUUUUAGAGGAGUACGAGUUGAACUUGCUGGAUUAUACAAUUUCGAAUAUUAAAGCCUACGAACACGUAGCGAAAGCUAUAAAAUUACACAACGAAAAUGGUGCCACUGAUGGAAAAAACUUAUAAGAUUUGUUGGUUCACGAUACUUUUGGCGAAUGCCUUUAUCUUCAAUGGUGGAAUAUACUUGGUUAUACUAAAUUUAUCAAACCCAUUCGUUUUGAUCAGAUAUGCUACUAUUUUUGCUGCGUUAUUCAUACAUUUUUAUGUAAUAUUUGUACAUGGCCAGAUGAUUAUCGACUCCAGUUCGUCUGUGUUCGAUGCUUGUUGGAGUUGUAAAUGGUAUCUCGCUUCUCCGAAGACGAGAAAAUUGCUAUUCAUAAUGAUGUUACGAAGUUCCAGACCAGAAGUAAUAACUGGUGGAGGUCUCUUUACCAUAUCAAUGGAAACUUAUGGCAAGAUGAUGAAAGCUGGAUUCUCGUAUCUCUCUAUAUUCACAAGCCAGAUGAAUCUGAAUUAUUCAGUUGAACGUUAGGUGCAUUGUAGCAAUUUUGUUGUCUUGAUAAGAAAAGCUAGAUAUUUAAAACUUA